AACACGGAGUUUGGAGUUCUGAACCUGAGGGUGGUCUACAAGUACGAGUCUCACACCUUGUUGGUGGAAGUCUUGACCGCCAAAGAUCUAAUCCCUCUGGAUGCCAAUGACCACGGUGCCUUGAACGUGUUAAGAAGACGUACGUGGGAUGGCGUGGCCCAGGAGUUUGUCAAGAAGAGAAGCAAGAUCGAGCAACAGGCGCCCUGAUCGCUCGCUCAUCCGGAUAACCGAUUACACUGCACCACCUCUCAGUCCGCUGACAGCUGCACGUCAUCUUUUGGGUGGCAUGAGUUCAACAGCAUGUCUGGAUAUCCAAAUUAAAUACCCUGACAACUGUUCUAUCCGGUUAUUUGGUUAAAAGCCUUCUGCUCUUAUCGUAAGCCCCAGUCAGAUAAUACACCUUUUUUUUUUUACCUGAUGAAUGAAUGGCAUGGGCGUUCAAAGAGAAUUUAUGAAUUGGUUUAAUGGUUGGUGAUUAGCUGCAAUAUGUUAUGUUUAUGCUUUAUAUUGAAAGAGGGAGAUAUUAAUGUAAUACCAUAAUAUUUAUCGUGUUGAAUUUCAAGAAAGCAGAGCCUGAGACUUUUAUUUUAGAAGCUGAUAAAGUAUCAUAAUAAAUUUAUAGGCCUUUUUCACUGAAAUGGUCAUAUUUCACAAAAGUUUUACAUUUUUACUUAGGUUUCUAUUGUUCUCCUCUACAGAAAUUUUAGAUUAAUUAUCUUUUGAAUUUUGACAUUCAUGAAGCGUGUUAUGGCAUUCUCUUUUGCUUUCCUUUUAUAGUGACUUGACUAUUUUGCGUGUGUACAUUUUCCAAGAAUAGAAAAUAGAAACCAUUUCUGACAAAACUAUUUUAGCAUCUCCACUAUGUGGACUAGCUUUGUUUUGUUUUUCUUUGUUUCUUGUUUUUUUUAACUCCACAGAGAAUUAUUUUGAACUUUCUUCUAGAAACAUAAAAUGACCAGGAUAGAAAUGAUAUGUAUCAAUAUUUUAAGACCUUUUCCGCUCGGAGCAAUGAAUUCAUGUCCAUAUAGUAUUUGAGAGUCAAGCUGUUCGGUUAGAUGGGGUCAAUGGUGAAGAGAUGUUGCUUUUGCGUGAAAGUGUCUGAAAGAGAAUGUCACAUCCUGCAUAAAUUGACCGUUUCUAUUACAUGACAAUGUAGCAGUUUGCAUUACUAAUUGCUUGUGAUAAUAAACAAUAUAUGUGAGGCAGCGUGGUGGAAUCAGGCUCUCGUCAAAAUGAUCAAAGUGAAGAAAUUUGCAUUUU